CAAUGGACAAAACUGCUCGCUCUCUCUCCGCCCGCAACCAACUCACGGUGGUGCCGCCAUCGCCUCGGCUUGUCCGUAGCCGAAGCGGGAGCAGCCCCGCCGCUGUCACCACCCCAGAGAUAAGUUCACAUAGGUUCAGCUCUAGUCACAGAUUCACCAAUGUCCACCGAUCAAAAUCAACAUCCAAAUCAAGAACCAACAACCAUGAAGGAAUAAAUAUGAAUAUACAUUCUUGGAGAGCUGAAAAAAAUUCCCCAAAGAUAGGGCAAGAGCAAAAGAGUAAAGAUGGCAUUGGAAAGUACAUGCAACGUGGUGUUAGCCAUGAAAAUACUGCAGCUUCAAAGAGGACCACAUCAACCGUGAAGCUGCCAUCAGCGUGGGCUCUUUCGCCGGGACGGCAAUCCCUUGGCUCUGCCAUGGGACCCAAGUCGCCGGCUAAAGUCAAUGGCAGCAACGGCGGCGUUGGAGGUGGUGUUGCUAAAGUUUUGAAGUAUUUCAAGCAAAGGAAAGUGUCAUCCGUGAAAGAAGAAGAGUACCAUCGAUUUAGGAUUUUGCAUAACAAACUUCUGCAAUGGAGAUUUAUCAAUGCUAGAGCUCAGAUUGCCGUUCAUAAUUUCAAUCAUAUAGCCGAGAUACAAUUAUUUUCUGCAUGGAUUAGAAUCCUAAAGUUAAGAAAGAUGAUAAUACAAAAAAGAAAUGAAUUGCAAAGGGUGAAACAUGUGAUGAAACUUUACCAAAUUCUGAAUGGAGAACUCUAUCUUCUCACUGAAUGGGCACAAUUGGAGAGGAAAAAUCAAGAAUUUGUAGGCAGAUUGACAAGGAAGUUGUCAGCAUUGUCCACCACACUGCCUUUAACUCAUGGUGUUAAGGGAGACAUAACUUCCGUCUCUGAAGCCUUCAAAAUGGCCAUUGAAGUAAUGGAGAAUAUUGAACCAUUGGUCAGGAAAUACCAGACACAGCAGGUUGAAAGGAUUCUUUACCAAGUUACAGAACUAACCACCACACAUAAACAGGAAGAAGAGUACUUGAAAGAACUUCUGGCGAUUGUUCCCGUUGUUGCUGCUUUAUUGGAUAAUGAAAGAAGCAAUGUAGUGCAUCUUAUCCAAGCAAAGAUGGAGUCCAAUACCAGUGACUAUCCCUGUUGCGUUGCUCAAUCAUGUGUUUGAAAUGAAAUCUCGAUGCAUGUAUGCAACAGACCAAAGUUUUCUUACGAUAAGAACUUGUUUACUAGUGCUACAAUUUUGUGACAGUGGACACAACUCUUUUACGUGGAGUUAUGACAUUAACAAGAACAAGAUUACUUUUGAAACAUUCCUUUCCCUUUGGAAUGUUGAAACUGGUGGAGAAAGGAAAAAAUGCUAUAAUCAAAGAAAAAUUACCGAUCCUAUAUUUACCAUCAUUUUACUAAUUAAAAAACAAAUGGUUCAGAUACCGUAACCUCUCCCUUCCAUUCC